UGUAUCACACUCCCUCCAUCUCCUCACCCCUCCCCUCCCAGCACCCGGACAAUCUUCGUAUCCUUCACAAACCAUGCGUGUGCACUUCCUCGCCGUGCUCGCUGUCCUUGACAGCGCAGCUGUCCCACGCAACCACGGCGGCGGCCACGGCCACGGUAAUUGCCACGGCAAUGGCCACGGCCUCGACAAGAAAAUCAGCCAGAUUUUUAACCCGGGGAAGUGGAACUCCCGCCUCCCUGGACAACCAAAGACCACCUCCUCAUCGUCGUCGGUGAACGUUACCUUGACGUCGUCGAGCUCGUCGGCCAAGGCGACUUCCACCACGUCGGCCAAGUCGAGCAGCAGCUCCUCGGUGACUUCGUCGGCCUCCACUUCUAAGAGCUCGUUCGUGUCCUCUAGGUCCAGUGCUGCUCCUUCGUCUUCGGCGCCUCGCGCCUCGUCGACAUCGUCUGUGGACUCGUCUUCGUCUACUGCUGUCUUGUCGUCUGCUGUUACCUCCUGGUCGUCCCCGGCUGUGGCUUUGUCCUCGUCUCCAGCCCCCUCGUCAGCCACCGCCUCCUCUCAGUUACUGCUUCUUCCUCCACUGGUGCGUCCCCCUCUGCCACUCCUACCUCAUUGGACGCCUCUUCCUCCUCUGCCGGUACUUCGUCUUCGUUUGCCGCCUGGCCGGAUGUUGCUUCGUCGUUGGCUACCCCCAACUCGUCGGUCCACUUAUCGUCCGGCGUUGUCUCCUCUUCGGCUGCUCCCACGUCCUCGGUUGCUGCCUCAUCUGAUGUUGCCUCGUCGUCUGCGGCCACGACGUCGCCGGCUGCUGCCUCGUCGGAAGUGGCGUCAUCUUCGGCCACUCCCACGUCCAAAGCCGCUUCGUCCUCUGCCGCUCCCAUGUCGCCAGCUACUCUCUCAUCGGGCGCGACAUCUUCUGCAGUGGCCGUGA